AGUGAGCGUUCAGACGGUUUGGUUUGGUUCAGUUUUUCUCUGCCAGCGGUUUGCCGCCCCAGCGCUUUAAAAAAAAACUCAAAAAAAAAGCAAAGUCAAAUAGCAGCCUAUAAGGUGAAAAAAUACAAAAUCUAACUAACUCUGAGCCGCGAAAAUUAUCGGCCGGUGUGAACUAUUGUCCGCUAAUUCGAAAAUAACGAUUCGAAAUUUGGCAAUUAAACGAAAAUAAAGUGCAACGAGGUACGACCGACAGCCAGCGGCAUAUUGGCAUUAUACCAUACAAAUCAAAUGAAUAUAAUCCAAAUACAAUAAAGGAAACGUUAGCAGCUAAUUCGCAUUUGAUUAGUUUAUGUUUCUGUCUCGAUUCGAAUAUUUCGAUUUGAUUGCGUGCAUCAUUUGGGAGCCAAAGAGAGAGUGAGGUGGAGUGGUCAUCAAGCCAUCGGAUUACAGCGCUAUAAAUUUGGAUAUAUCCCACUAAAAUACAUAGCCAACAUGCUUGUGAGACAUUUAAACAGUUUGCCUUGGGCUUUGCUGGCCAUUCUCCUGCUGGCUGCUUUGAAGCUCCAUGUGGCCAAUGCGGAAUCCAGUGGGGAACAGAAGGAGGAGGAGGUGGACAGUUCCAGCACGGAGAGCAAUGAGAUCAUUCCCAGGGAGGCCAUCCAGAAGUUGGAUUACUCGGUGAGACAGGCUUUACUUCGAGCUAUUGAUAAGUUGGAACAGGAAGAGGCGGCUGCCACGGAAAGUGGUGAGGAGAGUCCCAGCAGCAGUGGUUCCCGUUCCCUCCUCCAAACAGAGACCUCCACCCUGCCCUCACAUCGCGAAAAGGAUGAGAUUCUGGAGGAGAGCACCCGGGGAAACGAACCGGAGCCAGUGGUGCCCACUGUCCAAUUUUACACGGCCACCUUUGACGAGAAGAAUGCCCAGGAGCAGCUGCUCUCCUCCUUCAUCGAUCGUUCCAAGCUGUGGAAGAAGACCACCACCCGGAAACAGAAUGCACCCGCCAUUUCAGUGCCCCUAGAACCCAAAACCUUGGAAGUCGAAGGUCCGGAGAACCGCCAGCUUACACGGAGUGUGGAUAGCUCCAGUUCCGGAUCCGUGAGCAGCAAUGAGAUCUCCCACGACAGCGGCAGUCAUGAGAUCAAAUUCGAGAUCAGCAAUGUGAGAAAGACCACCACGCCCACGACAACCACAUCCUCGACUACGAGCACAACCACCACGCCAAGACCCCGCACCACCAGGCGUCGCACCACCACGACGACGACAACCACCACAACGACCACACCACGACCCACCCACAACGAGGAUGGGGAGAACAUUGAGCUGGUGGACAAGCAGGACAUUCGCAUCCAGGAAGCCCCACUGGUGACCGCCUUCACCGUGGAUCUGGACGAGCGGGGCACGGCGCAGAAGUUCCGCCCAUUGCUGGCGGGCAGCCAGCGCACCGCCAACUUUGCCGCACCACCACAGCAACAACAACAGCAACAGUUUCCGCACAUCGGACCCACCAUCACCAAGCUGAAUGUGUUGGAGUCGGAGCCACCGGCCACUCCGCUGCCCACUCAGUUUCCACCCACCAGCAGCACCACCACCACCCAGGUCAGCACGAGCACCAGCACCACUGCCGGCGGCGGUUUCUCCACCACGCCUGCCUUCCUGGCCAGCUCCACCAGCAAUUAUGUGAAGCGAGAACCGCUGAACAAUCUGGCAGAGCCUCCCAGUGUGAAUAACUAUCUGAUCGAGCGUCAGCGGGCUCUGGAGCAGCAGAUCUUCCAGCUGAAGGUUCAGGCACAACAGCAACAGGCUCUGAUCCUGCGCCAACUGAAGCUCCUGGAGGAGCAGACCCAGAGUCGUUUCCAGGGCACACCGAUUGCCCAACCCAGUACAUUGCAACCACAGCAGCAACAGCAACAGCAGCAACAACUCCAGCAGCAACAGCAACAACAGCUACUGCCGCAAGUCCAGCAGCAACAUGGUUCGCUGGAGGCCAUUCAGGCGGGCCUCCAACCGCCCUCAUUGGGUGGUUACUCCAUAAGACCUUCGGUGGAAUUUAUACCCAGCACCCACACCAAAACUGUUAUUUAUCCCACAUAUCCAAUUGAGCAGCAAUUGCCGCUGCGCGAUGCCGUUGCGGGUCAUAAAUUCGCCCUGCACAAUGGCAACAUAAACGCGAACAACUAUCAGAAGCCCCCAGCGAAUGCAGUGCAGCAGAUUUUCCAAAAUUUGCAGCAAUCGCUGCAGAAAUCGAACGAAAACCCCCAGGUCCAGCCCUCCAAUCAGUUCAACUUUGCACCGGUCGAGGCGUCGCAACUUCAGGCCUUGCCCCAUAACAAUUACAAGCCAUUUCAACAGCAACAACAGCAGCAACAGCAACCACAGCAGCAACAGUUGCUGCUGCCCAACUACGUCAGCAAUGCGGUGUUCCAGCAGCAGCAACAAAGGGCCCGCCAAUUCCGCCAGGAGACGGGAGUCGGUAAUUUUGGCCUAAAUUCAAAUGUGGAAAUACAGCCGAGCAAUUCCUUUGCCACCACAAUUGUUAGCCAGCAUCCUGGCCCAAAUACCGAUCCCCAUCUGGAAAAUCAGAACUUUUACCGACAACAUUUAACGCCUCAAUUGAGCAACCAAUUGCAGCAGAAUGCCCAGCAUUAUCUGCAGCAACAACAGCAGCAGCAACAGUUGCAGCAACAGCAGCCUAAAGCCAGCGGCGAUAUUAGUCCAGCUCUCAACCAUGGGAUACCGCAAUUCGCCUCACAAAACCUGCACUUCAACGGGGCCUUUUGAGCACUUGCACCACCAAAAACCACCACCAAACCAGCACCACCAUCCCGCACCACAACCACGAACCACCAAACACCCACUGUUUCCGUUUCCGUUUCCGGUCCUGCUCCUGUGUCCUUUUUACCCAGAAAUCAGAAAUCUACCAACCUACCAGUUGACCUAAGUUUUUCGUAAAGCAUCUUUGUAAAUAUACAUUUUAUUUUAAAACCUAAGCAUCGAUCUAAGCUAACAAUGAGAAAGAGAGCAGGAUGACCCAGAGGAGGAUGAAUUUAUGGUGAGGCAAUUGGCAGAGCAAAGUGCUGAAAUGUAACAAUUAUUUAUUUUCUAUGUGAAUAAAGUUUAUUUUAAAGUA